CACAUGACCUCAUACGGGUCGCAAAUAGCGCAUGCGCCACCUCCCGAGGCGCUCCACGCGCACGGGACGUUCACAGCGCAGCUGCACGGCCCUGCGUUCCCAGCCGUGUCGGCGCCGGCGCCCUCAGCCGCGGCCUACCCUGCGCACGCGGCCCCCGACGCGUCUUCGUCCUCGGUGCACCUGUACCAGCCCAUCCCGCAGCACUCUCUCCCGGAGUGGGUCAGGCUCCCGUCGCCGAGCGUGGAGGAGCUGUUCCCGCCGGAGGCGCUCGACGCGUUCGAGAAGCAGCGCCUCCAGCAGGGCUUUUCCGAGUCCGUCCCGGCGGGCGUAGUGCGCGGGACGUCGCUCGACCCGGGGUGCAGCGUUGAGGAGGUGGCGACGGAGGUCCCGAUCGAAGAGGACGAAGACGCCGACGCCGAGUACGACACCGAUGACGAAUACGUGGGCAGUGGAGACGAUGGAGACAGUAUGAAGUCUGGACCGUGCGAAGAUGGCGGAGAUGGAGCGUUCAUGGACAACGAAGUCGAAGAAGGAAACGCGUACAGCAUCGACCACGUCGCGCACGGCGCGUUAAACGCAUGCAGCGAUUACAUCGCCGGCAGCGCGCUGCGCUUCCCGUCCUUCUACGACUCCCAAUCCGCCGAACCUACGUCCUCAUCAUCUGGCACCCUCCCGGCCUCCGCGCUGCUGUGCCAGCCCAUCUCUGAGUCCGUUCGGGACCAGUUCCGCACCGCCCUGCCGCCGGCGGGGCCUGCUGAGCAGGUGCCUUCACAUAUGCAAAUGGACGGGCUGGCGGGCGCGGGUAACUACUGGGACCCUGUUACCUAUGGCCUGGGCUGGGACCGGUGAUCGUCCCGCUCCUCCUGCGUGCAGCAGUUUAUUUCUGGGCGCGGCCCGCCGCUUGGCGCAACCCCUUCAUCGCGGCCGGCCAGUGUCAGGCGUUGUGCAGCCGUGCAGCGCGCGUAUGUUCUCUCUUCCUUGGAGCCGCUGCUGUUGAGUUAGGGUCCGGGGGAACGCGUCCCGCGGCUUCAUCUCGGGCUGCGUGGGCGUGCGUUUCGCUUGCCCCAUUCGGCGGCACCCCUUUGUUUCUCUGUCAUGUAUCAUCGCCGUCCGUUCCGUUCUCGCAUCGAUCGCCCGCCCGCAUCCCCUGUGUAUUCUUUUCAUUUUCACCCACGUCCCAUGAUGGCUUCUCAAGCGCAAGUCCACAAUUAUACCACGUUCAUUUGUAUCCAUUAUUGGUUGUUUUGGUUUUGGUUCUGGCCUUGGUCUUGGUCUUGGUUUUGGUUUUGUUUUAUUCUCGCUUCUGUACUAUCGUCAUGGACCAUCGAUUCUAGACACGUUCGAUCGCAACCCCGUCGUGUAGCCGACAGAUAGCAUCACGCAGGCUUCCCGCCCGGCGGCCACUCUACCUACAUACGUUUAUGCCAUGAAAUUCUGAAUUAUGCCG